CUUUUCUGCUUUAAUACACCCGGCAUCUUUUCCUCUUGCAGCGCAGGCCCAGUGAAACCUAACUCUUCGGCAGCCUCAUCUGCCAGAACUAGUGGAGAUCUCAUCAGUCAAGAGCAUCUAAUGGCAGAUAAAUUGAUAAAAGAAGAGACAAUAACUCCAUGUGCUGACUCGAAACUGGCAUGGGAGCAUGGUAACUGUGGCCUUUCUCAACUGGAUACGAUUAAAGGGGGCAUUUUAUGCGCAGGGUCUGGUAACCUGCAACGCUCAAUCCGUCGUGAUCAGCUGAAGUUGCUGACUCGCAAUCGUCUAGCACCUCUGGUACGUAUAGUUGACGAGUUUGCCAGCGGUCGGUUGGUGCGCAAGACCCUUUACGCCGGCAAGUCCUUGUCGGCCAACCAGAACUCUCAUAAGAUUGGGACUUCUCUAAAUUCAUCGUCUACGCAAGAAAAGUGUAGAACACCAUCUUGCGUGCCUGCUACCGUUGGGCACUCAAGAAUUCACUCGUCCGAGGAGGACAGUAUACUGUUGGAGAUAAAUAGUGGACAGCAGGAAGAAAUGGAUCAAGAAAAAGCAGAAAUUGCACCUGUGUUUUCUCAACUUGAGGUCUUGGAUAUUUCUGACAAUCGGGUAUAA